UCUUGGAAGUUAACGAUUGGCGAGAUCUUGGCUGCGUUAUUGACACAACACUUUCUAUUGAUAGAAAUAAGCAGCGAUUGUCCUUAAGUCACUGGUGCGACAAAGUAAACUGUGAUGGGCUGGCAUGAGUCCACUGGACCGGGAAGGCUGGUUCCGCCGGCGGAGGCUCUGAUGAUGGUGGUGGCGGCGACGGUGCUGAUCUCCCUCCUUGCAGAUCAGUGACCAGAAAAAGGGGGAGAGGGAGAGAGGGGACAAAAAAGAGGCGUCUACCAAAGCAGCUCAGACCGGCGAACAAAUGCAAGCCAGCCAUGGACAAUAGUUGCCACCACACGGCGACCAAAAUCUUAGCAACUUCUCCAGCCAGAGAGAGCCUGUCUGCUCGAAGCAACAUGAUCAGCACCUCCAAACCCCUGGCUUUCUCCAUUGAGCGAAUCAUGGCCAGGACUCCAGAGCCCAAGUCCAUUCCGGUGCCGCCCUUCCUCCAAGGAUCCGUGCCCAAAGGAGACCCCAAACACUCUCUGCACCUCAACUCCUCCAUCCCCUGCAUGAUCCCCUUUGUCCCGGUGGCGUACGACCCCCUCCCCAAAGCGGGGAUGGCCGGAUCAGAGGGCAGGAAGGCUCACUUGGACUCCUCUGCCUCCCCCUUCAGCUGCGGCGAUCUAUUGAACUGUGCCCUGAGCCUAAAAGGCGAUUUCCCCCGCGACGCCCUGCCCCUGCAGCAGUACAAACUGGUGAGACCGCGAGUGGUCAAUCACUCCUCUUUCCACGCCAUGGGAGCGCUGUGCUACUUCAACCGCGGCGACGGCCCUUGUCACCCGUCGUCCAGCGUCAACAUCCACCCGGUGGCUUCUUAUUUCCUCAGCUCGCCUUUGCACCCUCAGCCCAAGGCGUACCUGGCGGAGAGAAACAAACUGGUGCUGCCGUCCGUGGAAAAGUACCCUUCCGGAGUGGCCUUUAAAGACUUAUCGCAGGCUCAGCUCCAACACUACAUGAAAGAAAGUGCCCAGAUCCUAUCGGAAAAAAUCGCGUUCAAGAGCUCGGAGUUCAGCCGGAGCUCUCCCAGCAGCAAGCCCAAAGUUUUCACGUGUGAAGUUUGUGGAAAGGUAUUUAAUGCACAUUAUAAUUUAACUCGCCACAUGCCAGUCCACACAGGAGCCAGACCCUUUGUUUGCAAAGUUUGUGGCAAGGGCUUCAGACAAGCAAGUACUCUCUGCCGGCACAAGAUCAUACAUACCCAGGAAAAGCCUCACAAGUGUAACCAGUGCGGCAAAGCGUUUAACCGAAGUUCCACUUUAAACACACACACACGAAUCCAUGCCGGCUACAAACCUUUUGUUUGUGAAUUUUGUGGCAAAGGAUUUCAUCAAAAAGGUAAUUACAAAAACCACAAACUGACCCACAGCGGCGAAAAGCAGUUUAAGUGCAAUAUCUGCAACAAGGCUUUCCAUCAGGUGUACAACCUGACCUUCCACAUGCACACCCACAACGACAAGAAGCCCUUCACCUGCCCCACCUGUGGCAAGGGCUUCUGCAGGAACUUUGAUCUCAAGAAGCACGUCCGCAAGCUGCACGACAGCGCCCUGGGACUGCCGCGAGCCCCUGCCGAGCCGGGGCCAGACCAGACGCUGCAGCCGCCGGGCCCGCUGCUGCAACAGCCGCACCAUCCGUGAGGGGAACUGCAAGCCCGGAGCUCCGCCGGUCCUAUUAGCAGGGAAAGCAACCCGGA